AUGGGGCAGUCGGACGAUGUAGAAGAUUCUACUUACAGUAGACAUCAAGAUUUGUGUCAGAAAUUGAAUAUGGAUGCAACUGCUGCAUCUGAAGCUUGGAAAUCUUAUGAGACUAUUCGACAAAAUUAUACUCUUGAGGGUGAUCAAUUACAUUGGAUAGGAUGUGCAUUAUAUGUAGCUUGCCGUAAGUCUUCUAUACCUACUGUUGGAAAAACUGGUACUAAUGUAGAAGGAAAUUGUGUGUCACUGACACGUUUAUUACAAUUGUGCAACCUUCCACUGAUACAAUUUUUUACCAAAAGUAAGUUUUGGGCUGACAUGGCCAACAUGCCACAAGAUUUCCGCUCAAAGAUUGAAAAGCUUGAAGGGAACUUUGCUGUUUCCAUGGUUAUAUUUAAAAAGUAUCAGCCAAUCUUUACUGACAUAUUCAAAGAUCCAAUAGAUGAUAUUUCACGUCCACCAAGAUCUAGACGACACAAAGCAAUGCCUUGUACUCCUGCAAGGGUAUUUGAAUUUUGUUGGACAUUAUUUAUUUGCAUAAAAGGAGCAUUUCCAGAUAUCUCUGAUGAUCUGGUUAAUUCUUAUCAUCUUCUCUUGGUUUGCUGUGACCUUAUAUAUAGCAAUGCCCUGUUAGCCAACAGAAAAGACCUUUUAAAUCCUCAUUUUCCUGGUCUACCAUCAAACUUCAAUGAUGAAAAUUAUACCCCACCUCAGACAGCAAAUUGUAUAGUUAGCUUAUUGUGUGAACGCCAUGAAGCUAUUGCAGUUGAAGCUAAAGUCAUUAAGGAAUAUUAUCUAAAGAAUCACAUUAAUAAAUUAUUCAAUGAAAGAGUUCUACGUGGUGAUCAGUCAAAUUUCUCUGGUAUUUUAGAAGCUUUAAAUUUUGAUGGCAAUAAUAAAGCUAUCAAUAGAGUCUAUGAACAACAUGUACUGAGUGUUGGAGACUUUGAUGAAAGAAUUUUCUUAGCUGAUUGGAGGAGAAUCAGAUUAAAUGGAAUAUCAAGCUUGGAAAUUGUUGGAGGAGAUCUAAGUUGUCAUGCUAAAUUAUCUAAAGCUAUUUCUAUGAAAGGACAUGAUGCUAGUAAUAAUAUUGGUUCUCCUACACAGAUGAUGAAUAUUGGUGAUCUUCAAGAACAAUUUCAAAUGAAAAGAGAACAAUAUAGUGGACAAAUACAACAUUUAGCUCCACCUACACCACUAACUGGACGUAGUUACCUCAGACCAAAAGACAUUACUAAUGUUACACCAGUGUCUGCUGCAACUCAAAGUGUUAUUCGACUUCAAGCUAUGUUGGCAGGUCAAACUUCACCAAGUGAAAACUUGUUGCAAAUUCUGAAUAGUUGUUCUCAGGAUGUAAAGACACUUGUCGAGACGAAAGUUAAAGAACUAGGUGAACAGUUUUGUGCCAAUUAUAACAAAAGUACAAACGCAAACGAAAGUACGUCAGACUUUGGAAAGAAAAGACUUUAUUUAGGUAAAACCCUCUUCUACAGACUCUUAGAAAUGAUUUUAAACGAUGAGAAACGCAAGAAACCGAAUUACGAUGUAACGAAUCUUCUUACGAAGGAAAUAUUUAUUCAGUGUUUAUUUGCUUGCUGCUUAGAGAUUGUCAUUUACUCAUAUAAAAGUAACGACAAAAUUUUCCCUUGGAUUCUCAAAGCCCUAAACUUGGAUGCCUAUUAUUUCUAUAAAGUGAUAGAAAUUAUUGUCAGAGCGGAGGAUCAAUUGUCCCGUGAUGUUGUGAAGCACCUAAAUCAAAUAGAGGAAAAGAUUCUAGAGUCACUUGCAUGGCGAAGUGAUAGUCCUUUGUGGGGAGCCAUUCAGUCCACACCAGAAGGUGUCCCUAGUUGUGAAGAGGUGUCUUUGCCUGGAAUGCUGGAGACUGUUGACCCAAAUAUUCCAGGACAACCGGUGUUGAGAAGAAUUGCUUUGGACCGUGGAAAUCACCACGAUGUGCAACAAAGUCCUAUUUCCUCUGCCUCGGAAAGAUUUCAGUCUCCCGUUGCAGCAUCCGGUGUUGCCAAGAAACGUUUGUUCUCUGAUACCAGAAUCGGUGGACAAAGUAUAUUACGAGUGGCAGGUCAAAGCGUGUUACCAUCGAAAGUUUUAACCAUCGAUGGUAAUUCGAGAAUACUUUUGCUACCUGAACAAAUUACAGUUCCAAGAUCUUCCAACGUACAAACCGCGAGUACUCCUAUGCAAACGCUAACAAUGAACAGGGAACCAGCGAAACCAAAACGAACAGGUUCUGUCGCACUGUUCUUCAGAAAAUUUUACAAUCUGGCUAGCGUUCGCAUGUUGGAUUUAUGCGGAUCGUUAGAAAUAAUGGAUACAGAUUUAAAGAAGAAGAUAUGGACAAUCUUCGAAUACUCUGUCAAAGAGCGAACAGAAUUAAUGAAGGAUCGUCAUCUUGAUCAAAUUUUAAUGUGUGCAAUUUACGUGAUAUGUAAACUGGCGAAGAUGGAAAAGAAUUCGUUUACUGAAAUUAUGCGGUGUUAUCGAUUACAGCCGCAGGCGGAGUCUCACAUAUACAGAUCAGUACUUAUAGUCAAAACACCGUCUGGUGAAUCACAAAGGAAUAACGAAGAGACUGGGCAAAAAGAUGCGUCGGAUAAAGAAACGAAUGUGGCGCCUCCUACGCCCACGAAUAUGGCUGGAACGUCACAAAAUUUUGGAGAGGAGACGCGUGGUGAUUUAAUCAAGUUUUAUAAUACAGUAUACGUACCACAGGUUAAAGAGGUGGCGAAUAAGUUAGGACUGGCACGCGGUAGCGUGAUGAAUCUGUCGUUAAGUCCACUGCCAAAGGGGAAACCUCCUGCAAGCUCACCUGUCAGACGUGUCACCAGUAGUAUUAUGACGCGUACAUUAGAUCCAAAAGCUAUUUCAGCUUCCCCAGCGCCGCAACUUAGUUAUUGCUUUAGUCGUAGUCCUGCUAAGGAUUUAGAGGCUAUUAAUAAGAUGGUGAUUUCUGUUGACCCGAAACGAUCAGUUGGCAAACGUCUUUUAUCAGAUGACACCGACGUGGAGAUGUCAGAGGGAACAUCUCCGAUCAAAAAGACAACUGCCUUUGUCGCACGUAAAUUAGAGAACAUCAUUGGCGAACGGCGUACACAAAAUCAAUAAGAGAUUUUCAGUUGAGUGUCGAAUAGAAUUAUCAAGAAUAUGGGUAACAAAAGGAAAAAUUUCUAGACGGCAUCUUCGUUUCUGUUGAAUAAAAAAAAAUUGAUUAAAAAGUCAAACGAGUAGGAACAACCAUUUUGAAGUCGAAUUUUUGUUUCUUGGCUGUGUGGCUUAAAAUAAAUGAAAUGUUCGCUUCUCAGGUAUGAUCAUGUUAGAAACAGAGAAAGGCCCGUACGAUACCUGAUCGUAUGUAAGGAUACGAUAUUGUUAUAUUGAGUAAAGCCAGAGUUUUAUUUCCAGUGCUUUCUUACGUGUAUUUCAAUCAA